AUGGCCGACGAAAAGAACGUCAGCGCCGUCCCCGAGACGGAGACGGUUGCUGCCGCCCCGACAUAUGCUCCUGAGGAGGUCGCCGUUCUCGGCCCCGAGGGAAAUGUGAUCCGCCCGCCUGGCUGGAAGUACAAGGGCUUCCGCAUCUUCGGCAAGGAGCUUUGGUAUGCCUCGCCUGAGAUCCAGCUUAUCAUGGUCGCCUUUGUCUGCUUCCUGUGCCCGGGUAUGUUCAACGCCCUGUCCGGCAUGGGCGCCGGUGGCCAGGUCGACUCCAAGGCCCAGGACGCCGCCGCUACCGCUCUCUACUCCGUCUUCGCCGUCGUCGGUUUCCUGUCCGGUUCGUUCGCCAACACCUUUGGCGUCAAGCUCACCCUGUCUCUCGGUGGUAUCGGCUACUGCAUCUACUCCGCCAGCUUCCUGUGCUACUCGCACACUGCGAACGACGGCUUUGUCAUCUUCGCCGGCGCUUUCCUCGGUCUCUGCGCCGGUCUUCUGUGGACAGGCCAGGGCACCAUUAUGAUGGCCUAUCCCCCCGAGGACAAGAAGGGCCGCUACAUCAGCUGGUUCUGGGUCAUUUUCAACCUGGGUGGCGUCGUCGGUGCCCUGAUUCCCCUGGGCCAGAACAUCCACACCACCACUGCCCAGACCGUCUCGGACGGCACCUACGCCGGCUUCAUCGUGCUGAUGUUCCUCGGCGCCGUGGUUGCCAUGCUCCUGGUCAACGCCACCUCGGUCGUGCGCGAGGACGGCUCCAAGAUCAUCCUCAUGAAGAACCCCUCGAUCAAGACGGAGAUGAUCGGCCUCAAGGACACCCUGUUUGACGACCCGUGGAUCCUGCUGCUGUUCCCCAUGUUCUUCGCCUCCAACACCUUCACCACCUACCAGACCAACGACAUGAACGCGGCCUUCUUCAACACCCGCACGCGCGCCCUCAACAACCUGCUGUACUGGCUGGCCCAGAUGCUGGGUGCCACCGUCUUUGGCUAUGCGCUCGACUACCAGGGCAUCCGCCGCAGCGUGCGUGCCCGCAUCGCCCUCGUGGCCCUCGCCGUCCUCACGUUCGCCAUCUGGGGUGGCGGCUACGCGUGGAUGAAGCUGCAGCUGCCCCGCCAGCUGGCCACGCCCACGAACCCCGACUACGUCCCGGUCGACUGGACCGACGGCGGCAAGAUGUACAUUGGCCCCAUGUUCCUGUACAUGGCCUACGGCUUCUACGACGCCUGCUGGCAGACGUGCAUUUACUGGUUCAUGGGCGCGCUGUCCAACUCGGGCCGCAAGGCUGCCAACCUGGCUGGUUUCUACAAGGGCAUCCAGUCGGCCGGUGCGGCCGUCUUCUGGCGCCUGGACGGCCUCAAGAAGCCCUUCCGAACCAUCUUUGGUGCUACCUGGGGUCUCCUUGCCGGCGCUCUCAUCGUCGCUGCGCCCCUGAUCGUGCUCCGUAUCAAGGACACGGUCACCAUCGAGGAGGACCUGAAGUUCUCGGACGAGACCAUUGAGGACGUCGUGGCCCCUGGCGCGCUCCAGGAGAAGGCUGUCCACCACGACGUCUAA